CAUUCAUCUACUACUUAUUAUUGAUUCCAAAAUUAUCAUUAACUCAGUAAUUAGAGUGUGAAUUAAAGAGAGGAAUUCUUAUAAGAGAAAGAUAUAUAUAAUGGGAAAAGAGAUAGUGAAAGCUGAGGAGAUCACUGCCUUCAACUGGUCAUCAGAUUCAUCAUCUACGACAUCAUCCUCACCUGAUGAGGAAAUUACAAGGAUGCCUUUGUUAGCAUUAAAUCAUGUUUCGUUUGUUUGCAAGUCUGUUUCCAAAAGUGUUCAAUUCUAUGAGCAAGUUUUUGGAUUUGUCCUCAUCCAGAGGCCCUCUUCCUUUGACUUUGAUGGAGCUUGGUUGUUCAACCAUGGAAUUGGAAUACAUUUAUUAGGAAAAGAAGAUGCAGCGUCAAAGAAGGGAAAGAUAAACCCAAAAGACAAUCACAUUUCAUUCCAAUGCUCGGAUAUGGACCUCAUAAUUGAGAGAUUGGAAGAGUUGAAGAUUGAGUAUGUAACAGCAACUGUGAAAGAAGGUAGAGUCACUGUAGAUCAACUCUUCUUCCACGACCCAGAUGGAAACAUGAUUGAGAUUUGCAAUUGCCAAAAUAUUCCAAUUCUUCCACUUUCUUCUUGCCCUCUCAAGAAGUUCAACAAAUAUCCAACCUUCAAACAAACCAUGCCAAAUUCUUUUUACGGGAAUGGAACCAGUAAAAUGAAUUGCUUAGGAGAAAUGGAAUAUCUGAUGAUGGAGAACUUAGCAAUGAACAUGAUUGACAUUUCAUUCUGAAUAUUAUGCAUAUCUUGUACGGGAAUUCUUGAUGUUGUUGCCUAGUUCAAUGAAAUAAAUACACAAAUUUCACUUGUUAAGAUAAUAGAGGCUCAUUGUACUAUUGAUAGUUACUUCAUAGAUUAAUCAAACCAGU